AUUCAAAACUAUAUCCGAAAAAAUUCGACUUUAUAAAUUUUCUGCUUCGCUAUUAAAAAUAUUGAUUGAGAGGCACAACAGAGUUAUUUUGUUUUCCUACAACAUCGAAAAAUUGUUAUCCUUUUUCGCAUUAAUGCAAGUUCUUUGUAAUACUAUAGUUUCUUGCUGUCUAGGUUUCAUCUUUAUUAUAUCUAUUUAUAACGAAACCAAUGUCUUCGUGUUAGUGAAAGCUAUUUUAGCUUAUAUCACGAUAAUGUUGGAACUUUUUAUUCUGUGCUUUGCCGGAGAAUAUCUCAGUCUUAAGAAUGAAUCAAUCGCCGAUGCAGCGUACGAUUCCUUAUGGUAUGACAUGCCAUCAAAUUAUGGUAAAAUUAUAACAUUCAUAAUAAUGAGAUCUCAAUCACAAUUAAAAAUUACGGCGGGAAAAUUUAUGGAUUUGUCUUUAGAAGCUUUUGCAAAUAUCUUGAAAGCAUCAGCAUCAUACAUAUCUGUCUUUAAUGCAAUAUAUUGA